CGAUAUUAACACUUUCUUUUGACUUUUUCCUCAAUCAUUGUCAUUGUUGAAUUUAACUCACGGUGUCGCUAUACACCAGCUUUACAACGAUCUAAUUACUCUAUCCUUUGUGGACAGACAUUCUUGUACGCCCAUUGAGUGGUCUAGAUAUCAGCACAGUUACACUGAAUUACUGUUGCUAUUCGUGUUAUGUGGUAAAACAGCGUUUCUUGUAUCGAUUCUUCACCAUCAUAAGAACUCACCCUAGGACGAUGGCUUCGAAAAUGAUCUUGUUUCAGCCGAGCUGCUUCUAUUUCCUCCUUCUUUUGCAUAUCGCGUAUGGAGACAUGAGCUAUUCUUUUCCAGAGGAGAUGAAACGGGGAUCGGUUAUUGGGAAUAUAGCCAAGGAUCUUGGGCUGGAAACGGGCGCGCUCUCUAACAGAAGAGCCCGCAUUGACAGCGAUGGGACUGACAAACGUUACUGUGACAUAAACCUGAAUAACGGAGAGCUGAUUGUUGCCGACAGGAUUGACCGAGAGGGGCUUUGUGGCGAAAAGGCUUCAUGCAUCCUGAAACACGAGCUUGUCCUGGAGAAUCCUCUUGAGCUUCAUCGAUUUAAUCUACACAUUCAAGAUAUCAAUGAUAAUUCACCACAAUUUAAUUACGACUCAAUAAAUCUGGAAAUUCACGAGUUGACAGCAAGAGGAGCUCGUUUUGUGAUAGAGGAGGCGCAUGAUGCGGAUGUAGGACAAAAUUCAGUUCAACAGUACAGCCUUAAGAAGAACGAUAAUUUCAUUUUGGCUGCUAAUGGAAACACAGUGGAGCUUGUACUGGAUAAAGAGCUUGAUCGUGAAAUGCAAGAGGAGAUUAAUUUGCUUCUCACAGCUUUAGAUGGUGGGUCUCCUCAGAGAUCAGGUACCGUAGUCAUACAUGUCACUGUACUGGAUGCUAAUGAUAACGCCCCAGUGUUCAGCCAGGCCGUUUAUAAAGCCAGUCUGCCUGAAAACUCUCCUGUAGAUACAGUUGUGGUCACAGUGAGCGCGACUGAUGCAGACGUGGGAGUGAAUGGAGAUGUGACAUAUGACUUUGGACAUGUUGCUGAAGAUGUAAAGAAGAUAUUUAGCAUUGACCGUAAGAUAGGUGACGUACGAGUAAUUGGAGCUGUUGACUAUGAAAGUACUACAUCAUUUGAAAUACGCGUUAAAGCAAAAGAUGGGUUAGGGCUUUCUUCUUAUGCUAAAGUAAUAAUUUCCAUCACAGAUGUGAAUGACAACGCUCCUGUAGUCAAUCUGAAAUCAUUGACAAGUCCCAUACCAGAGGACACCCCACCUGGUACAGAGGUGGGCAUCAUUAAUGUGCAGGACAGAGACUCUGAGAAUAACAGACAGGUCCGCUGCUCUAUUCAGCAAAAUGUCCCUUUUAAAUUAGUUCCCUCAGUUAAAAACUAUUAUUCUCUGGUGACCACAGGACAACUGGACCGUGAACUAGUGUCUGAUUACAACAUUACAAUCACAGCCACUGAUGAGGGCUCUCCACCUCUGUCCUCCUCUAAAACUGUUCAGUUAUCUGUAGCUGACAUCAACGACAACCCACCUGUGUUUGAGGAACAGUCCUACAGCGCAUAUGUGACAGAAAAUAACAAACCUGGCUCCACUUUAUGUUCCGUUAGUGCUCGAGACCCCGACUGGAGACAAAACGGUACAGUGAUUUAUUCUCUGUUACCUGGUGAGGUGAACGGUGCCCCGGUGUCCUCCUAUCUGUCUGUUAACGGAGACACGGGGGUGAUCCACGCUGUGAGGUCGUUUGAUUAUGAACAGUUCAGGAGCUUUAAAGUCCACGUGAUGGCCAGAGACAACGGUUCUCCUCCUCUGAGCAGCAACGUGACCGUCAGUGUCUUCAUAUCGGAUGUGAACGACAACUCUCCCCAGAUACUGUACCCCGGGCCGGAGGGAAACUCCUUCAUGACCGAGCUUGUCCCCAAAGCUGCACACGGAGGCUCUCUGGUGUCCAAAGUGAUAGCGGUGGACGCGGACUCCGGACAGAACGCCUGGCUGUCCUAUCAUAUAGUCAAAUCGAGUGAUCCGGGACUUUUCACUAUUGGUCUCCACAGCGGAGAGAUCAGGACACUGCGGGACAUUUCUGAAUCUGACAGCAUGAAACAGAACCUUAUUGUGUCAGUGAAAGAUAACGGACAGCCCUCUCUCUCUGCCACCUGCUCCAUGUAUUUACUUAUUUCUGAUAACUUGGCUGAGGUGCCAGAACUGAAGGAUAUUUCUUAUGAUGAGAAGAAUUCAAAACUGACCUCUUACCUGAUCAUCGCGCUGGUUUCUGUGUCCACCUUUUUUCUGACUUUCAUUAUCAUCAUUCUGGGUGUGAGGUUUUGUCGCAGGAGAAAGCCCAGACUGUUGUUUGACGGAGCAGUCGCCAUCCCCAGCGCUUAUCUCCCUCCUAAUUACGCAGAUGUUGACGGCACAGGAACUUUACGCAGCACUUACAAUUAUGACGCCUACCUGACAACAGGUUCUAGAACCAGUGACUUUAAGUUUGUGACAUCAUACAAUGACAACACACUGCCUGCAGACCAGACUCUGAGGAAAAGUCCAUCAGACUUUGUUGAUGCCUUCGGAGAUUUGGAAGGGUGUUCAGAGGUAUGAAAUUUGAAUCGAAUGCAUCCUUCAUCAAUCCUGGUCGCUUACAUUUUCAUACUGUCAAGAUGUGACAUUUAGGCUAAUUAGUUCAAGUCUUGUGCAGUUUUCAUUUAAGAUAUGGCCUGAGGUUUGUUAGUUUCACUCUUGUGCGGACACAGUGUGUUUGAAUUAGUCUUGGAAAAGUUAUGGUGGUUGUCCAGCUCAGCAUAUUAAUGUGUCUUCAAUCAAAGUUGCUUUCACCCAAAGUCUGUGUUUUUAUUCCUAGAUAUUUUACUGUCAUCAAAAGGUUGUGUGUGAGACGGGCACCUUACUGAGCUGAUUAUUCAUCUAUAGAUCUGUUAUUACUGGUGUUUGGUCAACAUAAAGUAAAUUUAUUUUUCAUUUAAAUUAUCAAGGUACUGAUAUUCAUUUUUAAGAGGGUUUUUCUUGUGGUGUCACCAAAAGCUUGGUCUUCACUUUUUAACCAAUGUUAUAUAACAUUGACAAAAAAUUAAACAUGAAUGAGUGCAGUGCUUGAAUUAAAUUAUUGCUGAACUAUUAGUUAGAUUAAGCAUUAUAUUACUGAUCAGCUGGAGCAUGAAGGGUGCAGUGUUACAGUGAUGACCUGUGACAGAUUCUGCACAUAUCAGUGACAUUGUAUAAGUUUCUCUCAGUGCUAAAACACAUCUAAAACAGAUGAUUAUUGAUGCAGAGUAAACACUGUCUGAAGCCUUGCUUACAUGUUAUCAUUUGUCACUUUCAGGAUACAACUUGUGCUCAGUUUCCCUUUCCCCCAUUCUCUCUCUCUUAUUUCUCUCUUCUCCUCCCUCAUUCUCUUUAUCUUUCUCUUCUUAACAGACUCAAACAAACAAAGUACAUCUAACUUCUUACGCAUUCAUGUCUUAAUUCACCUGCAAUCUUGUGCCGCCUUUGUCAGGUGGAAUUUCAAACUGAGCUCUUAGGCAGUCAUUCUUGUUGGUUUCUCUUUGAUCGACUAUGGCUUGGAUUAUACUUCAUUUAUAGCUGCUUUGGACAGGAGGGCCUGCAACAUGAAUAAAUGUAAAUGAUAACUAUGAUCUUAUGUUUAAGCCCAGGGAACUUAUGCUAUAAUGAUAUUUAGUAUAGUGUUACUGUAUAUAUCUUAUAUAUACCUUAAAGAUAUGAAUGGUUGACAAACCUACACAGACAUACUGGAUGGUGUCGUAUGUAGCUCUUUACAUUUGAAUCCAGUCCACUAUGCCGUAUUAUCAGAUGUUUAUUAGGCUUCCUGUUGUUUGAGUUUUGUUAUUGUUGAUUGCUCCCUGGUCUGAUCAGUGUAAGUGUAAAAUACAGAUAAUACAAAUGUAGAGAGAAGAAAGCAGUGCAUUUUUUAUUUUAAUUGCAGUUUGU